CUCCCUACCCUUCUCCCUUCACUCUCCUCCUCCCUCCCUUCCCCGCCGCCCAUCCUUCCUCGUCAUGGUGGGAGCAGGCGGGUAGAGAGGAGGCGGGCGGCGAGGGUGCGAGCGGUGGAGGUGGCCUCUGUGCAACGUCGCCCGCCCCCGACCGUUGUCGCCACCGCCCAUCGCGAGCGGCGCCGUCCAUCGCCUCCUCCCCCUCUUUCCUUCCCCCCUCUCCUCCUCCUCCUCCUCCCCACUCCUCCACCGCCGCCGCUAUGCAGCGUCGCCCGCGGACAGCAUCCUUAUCCCCCUUCCUCAGCCAGGCCAUCGCUCUCCCCCUUCCUCGCGAUCGGUCACCGCUCCACUUUCCUCGCGACCGGUCGCGCGCUCCCCCUUCCGAGCGAAGAUGAGGAGCUCCCUGCCCGCGCCGCCCUCCGCCUCCACCAUCCUCGUCGAUAAAAGAUGGGAAGCCCUCUGGCCCCGCUCAUGGGGCCCUCGUCGGCCACGAGUCCCGCCUUUCCGUGGUGCGAGCAGGGGAUAGCGCCGGCGACACUGCACAACCAUGGGCAGUGGCAAAGGGGGGGAGGAGACGACAUGCGAUGAGGGGAGGAGGAGGAGAAGGGGGAAGGGAAGGGAGGAGGGCGAGCAACCGCCGCUCGCGGUGGGGAGAAGGGGUGGUGAUGGCGGUGGCGGCGGCAACGGCGACUAUGGUCGGCGACGGCCGGUGAAGAACCAGAGGUUUUUCUAUCAAAUUGAUGAAAAAAGGCGGCUUCCGUUACUGCCCGGAGUAUAGAAAGCUUCAUGCCAGAGUGGCAUAUGAGCUGGAUAAUGAUGCUGAUUUGGGGCACUCACAUUGGCAUGGUGGUCCAACUUCGCGCACGUAAUUUUUCACGUGGCACACGCGUAGCUCGUUCUUAAAAGCCAAGUCUCUGCUGCACCUGCUUCCUUCCCCUCGCAGAAAACUACCUCCACAGCAUUGGCAUCUGAUCGCGGUCAAAGCAAGGUAGCGGCCGCGGAUGGAGCGGACAAGAGACGGGGAUGGGCCGAGGGGAAGCGGCGGCGCGCCUGCGCUCUCCUUCUUCCCGUCCCCGUCCUCGUCCUCUUCCUCCGACUUCGAGUUCACCGUCUCCCUCUCCCCCUCCUCCAAGCGCUCCUGCUCCCAGUUGUGCCCCGCCGACGAGCUCUUCUACAAAGGCCAGCUCCUCCCCCUCCACCUCUCCCCUCGCAUCUCCAUGGUCCGAACUCUCAUCCUCGCCUCCGCCUCCUCCUCCUCCACCGACACCACCACCACCGAAUCCCGCGACUCCAACGGCAGCUCCUCCUCCUCCGCCUUCUCCGUCGCCGACCUCAUCCUCCCGGAGUGCGACUCCUCCCGCCCCAGCUCCGUCACCGAGGAGGACGCCCGGCGAGUCUCCCCCACCAAGCGCCCCGGCGGUUCCAAGUACCUCUCCUUCUUGGCCACCCGCUUCUCCUCUGUCUUCCUCCACCGCGGCAGCAAGAAACUAGACCCGUCCGCCGAUCCCAGCAUCAGCAUUCCCGCCCCUCCUCCUCAUCCGACUAAGCGAGCAAACUCCUCGUCCUCGUCGUCGGCAAAGGAGGUUAUCAAGAAGUACGUCAAGAAGGUAAAACCGAUCUACGAGAAACUGUCUUUACUGCAGCAGAGGCACAACCAGCAGCAGCCACCACCGCCGCCGCAGCACCAUCAGCGGAAGAAGACAUUCUCCUUCUCGAUCAAGAAGGAAAGAAUGCUCGCUAGUUCGGGCAAAAAGAAUGUCCUGGUUGUUGACCGCAACAAUGCCCGCGGAAAGGGCAUCGAGCACUCCUACUCACAGUCCUUCUCCGGCAACCUGCUCGGCCACCCUACCAGGAAGAAGCAGUGGGCUGCGAGCUGCCCUUCCUCCAUGCGGUCUUCACCCAGCCACUCGGGUCUGCUCUACAUGAGCGGGGGUGGAUUUCCUGAGCCUCCUCCCGCUCUGUCGCUGUCGGCUUCGUCAAUGGAGGAGUUGCAGAGCGCCAUACAAGGCGCCAUCGCCCACUGCAAAAGCUCCAUGAUCCAAGCGAAUCGGAAGAAGGCACCAGAUUUGGCAGGCAACGAGAAGGAGAUCGACAGAUCAUGAGAAGAACACCACUGUAAUUGCGUGGCCAAGCCAUUCUGUUUGUGUUUUCGCUUCAGAAAGAUCGAUUAGAUGUCAGUAGUAUUUAGCUUGUCACAACACUGUUAGAUCCACAACAUCUAUCAACACUGUGGAUGCCUUGCCUUGCUUUUCUUUCUCUCCAAUUAAAUUCUUCUCUACAAUCUA